GAAAGAGGAGCAGCAGACCCGGGAUGGAUAGAUAGAUCGAUGACUGGUCAUGCUCCCGGUCCCGCCUUCAACUCUCAUAGACUUGCAGACUCUCUCACACACCUCACUUCCUCUCUCUCUCUCUCUCUCUCUUUCGCUUCCUCUUCUUCAACUCAUCCUCCCUCCACUUCUCACUUCUUCCACUUCUACUCCCACUCCCACUCCCUCCACUCCUCCCACUCCCUCUCCUCUCGACCUCCCUCCCUCCAUCCCCCCCUCCUCUUCUUCCUCUUCAUCCGCUUCAACUCCCUCCCUCCUCGGGGAUUAUCCACGCCAGUCUCACCAUCGUGACCAUCCCACCGUCAUCAUCAUCAUCAUCAACUCCGGGUCCCCUUUCCCUGGUUCAGAUGAUGGUCAUUGGUUUCAUCCCCAGACCGGCCAAGAAGCACCUCGUCUGCUCACUCACGCACCCACCAACCCGGUCGGGGGCCUCAAGUCAGCCUCUCAGCAGCCAUCGAUCGCCCCCCUUCACCCGGAGUCGUCGUUCUUAGAGUGCUCGUGGACGCCCUGCCUGAUUUGCCCCGUGGCCGACCAGCACCAACACCACCACCACCACCACCACCAACCACCCUUUCCCCCCCUCCCACGACUCCUACAUAGGUGCCAUCCUCCCUUCACCUCUCUUCCUCCCCCUUCCGUCUCCUUCGUCGAUUCCUCCCUGCGCUCUCCGCGGUCCAGAUUCCUCAGACCGUUUCACACCUCUGUACGUGUUUCGGACGGCGCGGCACUUCAACCCGCUGCCUGACUGGUCCUCGUGCUAUUUUGGGAUCACGCCUCCCAGCCCCGGAAUUUCUCGCGCCAACACAAGGGCGGUGACGGAGCCCUCGGUUU